AUGGCCUGUUGCAGGCGUAUCAUUGCCCCCGUCCUACAAGCCGCCAGCACCCCUGGUACACGAAUUAACUCGCAUACGCCUGGUCAACGAUGUCUUUGGGCAUUUCAUGUGCAGCGCAGAUGGGCUCAUGAACCUACUGUUAGCUUACAGGAAUUUCUGGACCCGUUGAACACAUUUUAUCAACGCCAUGUCGGACCUUCCGAAGAUGAUGCGACGAAUAUGCUCCAGUCCCUUGAUCCUCCAGCGGGGUCGCUUGAUGAUUUCAUUUCGCAAACUAUUCCUCAAGAUAUUAGGCUCAGGCAGCCUCUAUCGUUGCCAAUAUACAAGAUAAACGCUUAUGAUGGGAAGACGGGUGGUGUCGCCGAGAGUGAGGUAGUUCAGCAGACCCUAGCCCGUCUCGGGCAGAAUAAGCAAAUCAGGUCAUACAUUGGAGCGGGCUACUAUGGAACCUUUCUACCGGAGGUCAUCAAGCGGAACGUUCUUGAGAGCCCUGCAUGGUACACAAGUUACACACCAUAUCAAGCUGAAGUCAGCCAGGGACGAUUGGAAUCUCUGCUGAAUUUCCAAACCAUGGUCACUGACCUGACAGCAUUGCCGAUUGCAAACGCGUCAGUGCUGGAUGAAGCUACUGCGGCAGCAGAAGCCAUGACGCUCUCAAUGAACGCUUUACCUACGGCCAGGCAGAAACGUGGAGGUAAAACCUUUGUCGUAUCUCAUCUCUGCCACCCGCAAACAAUUGCCGUGCUUGAAUCACGAUCUGAAGGAUUUGGCAUCAAGAUUCGAGUUGGUGACGUCUUUUCCGAGGACCAUAAACUGGUCAGAGAUCAAGGAGAUGACCUAAUUGGAGUCCUAGCUCAAUACCCGGAUACCGAGGGAGGCGUGCACCCACUGCAGAGCUUGGUAGAAGCUACUCAUAACCUUGGAGCAACGCUUAGUGUUGCAACAGACUUGCUUGCUCUGACGGUUCUGAAACCUCCUGGCGAAUUUGGAGCCGACAUUGCCUUUGGGAGUGCUCAGCGAUUUGGCGUUCCUAUGGGCUAUGGUGGACCGCAUGCUGCAUUCUUCGCCUGCAGCGACAAAUUCAAGCGCAAAAUUCCAGGCCGGCUCGUUGGUGUCUCCAAAGAUCGAUUAGGAAAUCGAGCGCUUCGUCUGGCGCUACAGACUCGAGAGCAACACAUCCGAAGAGAAAAGGCUACGAGCAAUAUUUGUACCGCCCAAGCCCUACUUGCUAACAUGAGCGCGUUCUACGCAGUCUACCAUGGUCCACAUGGUCUCAGGGCCAUUGCCGAGAAAAUCAGGACCAACACACGAUUUGUUCAGAACCACAUGGAGAAGAAUGGCUGGGAAGUCCUUACUAAAGGUACGAGGGAGGAUGGUGCUGUACUCUUCGAUACAAUAGUGGUCAAAGGAACCAAGGAGCAGGUGGCCUGGGCAACCAAGAAUCAGGGUGAGGAUAGCGUAAACCUUCGUAUAUUUACUCCCACAAAGCUUGGAAUAUCGUUAGAUGAGACAGUGAUAUCCCGGAAAGACAUUCGUGCCAUCUGUCGGUUGUUUGGCGGGCCCUCGAAAAAGGCAGAGCACCCCUUAGAUCACAAAAGCUGGGUGCGCUCGAAGCUCGAUGAUACGGAAGGCUGUUCAGUCAAAGACCGAACACUGCCAUGCAAUGUCAAAAGGACAUCGUCAUAUCUGACGCAUCCCGUGUUCAACACUUAUCGUUCCGAGACGGAGAUGUUGCGUUACAUCCACCACUUGCAAUCCAAGGAUUUGUCCUUAGUACACUCUAUGAUCCCACUCGGCUCUUGCACAAUGAAGCUGAAUGGCACUGCGGAGAUGCUGGCACUGUCGCGGGACGAAGCAUCUACAAUGCACCCUUUUGCACCCGUUCAGCAGACUUCUGGUUACCGAUCCAUUAUUUUGGGUCUCUCUCAGCAGCUCAGCAAGAUCACUGGCAUGGAAGCUGUCAGUUUACAGCCCAACUCUGGUGCCCAAGGCGAGUUCACAGGCCUUCGGGUGAUUAAAAAAUACCUAGACGCUCUAAAUGAUGGCAAGACAAGGACAAUCUGCCUGAUCCCUGUCUCUGCUCAUGGAACAAACCCUGCCAGUGCUGCCAUGGCAGGAAUGAAAGUGGUCCCCUUGAAAUGUGAUGCCAAAACUGGCAAUCUGGACAUUGAGGAUUUGAAAGACAAGUGUGGGCAACACAAGGAUGAACUCGCUGCUAUCAUGAUCACCUAUCCAUCUACCUUUGGAGUGUUUGAACCGGAAAUCAAGAAAGUCUGCUCUAUCAUUCAUGAGCAUGGAGGUCAAGUCUACAUGGACGGCGCCAACUUAAAUGCGCAAAUGGGCCUCUGCAAUCCGGGAGACAUAGGUGCAGAUGUGUGCCACCUUAACCUCCACAAGACCUUUUGUAUUCCUCACGGUGGGGGAGGGCCUGGGGUAGGACCUAUUGCAGUGAAGUCGCACCUAGCCAAGCAUCUCCCCUCUCAUCCAUUCGUGGAUCCACACGCAACCUCACUUGGCGAGUACUACGAAAACGAUUCCCCACGCAAGGACCAGGGCCUCUUUCUGCCGAGCUACAACGACGAACCAUCUGUCCUUAAUGAAGCUGGGCGAGCCAAGGCCAAAGAGCGCGACCCUGCACGUGCUUUGGCAAUCUCUCCAGUCAGCGCAACCCCUUGGGGCUCUGCAUCUAUCCUUCCCAUCAGCUACACCUACAACCACCUGAUGGGUAGCCGGGGCCUCACCAAAGCCACCAAAAUUACGCUCCUUAAUGCUAAUUAUAUCAUGUCACGCCUGAAAGCGCACUAUCCGAUCCUCUACACGAACGCUCAAGGCCGCUGCGCCCACGAAUUUAUCCUUGAUGCGCGUAGAUUCAAGGAUUCCGCCGGCAUCGAAGCAAUCGACAUCGCCAAACGCCUCCAAGACUAUGGAUUCCACGCUCCAACAAUGAGUUGGCCAGUUACAGGCACAUUGAUGAUCGAGCCAACCGAGUCGGAGUCGAAAGCCGAGCUCGACCGUUUCUGCGAUGCAUUGAUCAACAUUCGUAAAGAGAUCGAAGCCGUUGAAAAUGGUGAGAAACCACGCGAGGGAAAUGUGUUGAAGAUGGCGCCCCACAACCAAGCAGACUUGAUGAGAAGUGAGUGGGACCGGUGCUACACGAGAGAGGAGGCGGCCUAUCCCUUGCCGUGGUUGAGGGAGAAGAAGUUUUGGCCGAGUGUGUGUAGGGUGGACGACGCUUAUGGCGAUACGAACCUUUUCUGCACUUGCACUCCGGUCGAGGGCAUGGAUGAUGCCUCCGAUAUCAACAAAGCGGAGUUCGGUACCGCAACCUAA